AUGACUGACGAUGCACUUUCUUUGUCAUUCCAGGCCGCCAAGAAGGCCGCGUUGAAGGGUGCCAAGGGUACAAAGGUCGCCAAGAUCCGCACUUCGGUCACUUUCCACCGGUCAGUCUACAACUCGACUCGCCUGUCUCGCGGCGCAGGGCAAUGGUCGUGCGCAGCCAGCAGCUGAGCAGCCUCGCUGACCCUACGACCCCUCCUCCCUCCUUCCCACUCGACAUCGUUUCUGGAAUGACCACGCUGCAACAGACCCAAGACCCUGGCUCUCCCCCGUGCGCCCAAGUACCAGCGCAAGUCGGUGCACCAUGUGCCCCGGAUGGACGCCUACCGCACGAUCGUGCACCCCCUCAACACCGAGUCCGCGAUGAAGAAGAUCGAGGACAACAACACAUUGGUCUUCAUCGUCGACGUCAAGGCCAACAAGCGACAGAUCUCGGACGCCGUCAAGAAGCUGUACGACGUCAAGGCCGAGAAGAUCAACACCCUCAUUCGGUGCGUGUUCAUCUCCGUAUGGGGUUGCGAGUCAGUGGAGCGAUCGAAGCUGACGAAUCUGUUGCGUUUACAGCCCUGAUGGCCGAAAGAAGGCUUUCGUUCGCUUGGAGAAGGGUGUCGAUGCUUUGGACGUUGCCAACAAGGUCAGUCCUUACACCUCACUCAGGACUCCACUUUUUACGUCCCCACCGACACAGCUUCAUCGCGACUCUACAGAUCGGCUUCAUUUAA